CGCCCCUUUAUUUCCCCGCGCCGCGCGUGUUCGCGCGCGUUCUCUGCUGCAGAGAGCGUCGAUUGUGACGUCAUCCUGCCGGAGCGGCUGCUGGGCACGGGCGGAAAAUGGGCACAGAUCCGCGAGGACUGAAGAUUGAGACCCCAAGAAAGACAAAUUAGGUGCAGCGGUAGGAGACCUGAUGGUAGUCAAGACAUUGUGGAACCUAAAGAAGAAUGUGUGACGAUCCCCCGUUCCUUCUUCAGCACUUCACAAACCCAAUGCUUUUGAGAUGAGUGGUCCUCCGUUGUCCCUGGCCACUGUACCUGCCUGCUCUUGGCAGUGCUUGGUGGCGUGAGCAGAUUGCUCCACCCUGGCAGCCACGGGAGCGUGGAAUGGCCUCUUUGGACCUGCCGUACCGUUGUCCUCGCUGUGGGGAACACAAGCGCUUUCGAAGUCUGUCCUCCUUGCGCGCCCAUCUGGAGUACAACCACACCUACGAGACCCUGUAUGUGCUGUCCAAGUCCAACAGCGUGUGCGAUGCCGCUGCGCUGCUGCCCCUAGUGGCCGACGGAGCCCUCACUGCUGAAUCUCGUUUUCCGUACCGUGAGCUGCCCUGCUCUGGCGAAGAGCUCGGUCUUCCUUCCUCUACCGCUUGCUACCUUCCCAAUGUUGAGUUCCCUCUGGGUGAGAUUCUGGUGAAGACAGCCAUGAGCUCAGGCGAUGCCUUGACAUCCACUGGGAACAAUGCAGUCGCAUUGGCCGCUAACGUGGCCGCAAGCGCUGUGGAGGCAGCUUACGAGGAGGGCCUGGCUCGGUUGAAAGCCCGGGCGUUUGAGAGGCUCGAGUUGGACGAGAGAUUGGAGAAGCUGUCGGAGGAGGUGGAACAGAAGAUCGCGGCGCGCGUGGGCCGCCUGCAGGCGGAGCUGGAGAGGAAAAGCUCGGAGCUGGAAAAAGCCAAACUUGAGAGUGAGAGGCUCGGUCAGGAAAAACAAGACCUGGAAACCAAGGCUACUGAGCUGUCAAGGCAGGUGGACGUGUCUGUGGAGAUGCUAGCCAGUCUUAAGCAGGACCUGGUUAACAAGGAGCAGGAGCUGACACACAAACAACAAGAGGUGGCCCAGAUCGAUCAGUUCCUGCAGGAAACAGCUGCACGUGAAGCCAACGCCAAAAUGCGUCUUCAGCAGUUCAUUGAAGAGCUGUUGGACCGGGCUGACCGCGCUGAGAAACAGCUCCAGAUUAUCAGCAGCUGUGCCACAACUCCCAAUGGCAGCCUGGGACACUGCAGCCUGCAGGGAUCCAAACCUAAUGGGCAGCAGAGAAAUUCCAGCAUCUCCGGGGCAUCCAGGGGAAUGUACCAAGUGUCCGAUCGACGUUCCUCCCCUAGCACUGCAGCAUCAGGACGGGGAAAGUCAGUGUCUCAAGGUUCAGGAGGUUAUGACAGUGACAGCGUGGACCUCCAUGCUCUGGAGGACUGCCCUGAUGCACAGUACUAUCACGUCCAGUGCCGGCUUGGGGAGGGAGGCGGAGGAGGCUACGAAAGAGCAGGCGCUUCUCGGAGUUGGGGUCUCCGCAAGCAGGCCAUCCAGAACUGGCAGCGCCGGCCAUACCGGAACAGCACAGAGGGAGAAGAGGGCGACGUGUCAGAUGUGGGCUCCCGCACCACCGAGUCCGAAGCAGAGCUGUGGGAGCAGGACAGGAGAGCGGAAUGUCAGCAGCAUGCGCCGAGCCGUGGGGGAUACAGACUUUCUUCAGGAGGAUAUAAGCAUUGCCGACACGACAAAAGUCCCUCUAAAAUCAGUGAGGUGAUCAGUCCUGAGGUGCUGAAGAUGCGUGCCGCUCUUUUCUGCAUCUUCACCUAUCUAGACACUAAAACGCUCAUGCAGGCCGCCGAGGUGUGCCGGGAUUGGAGGUUUGUGGCUCGCCAUCCAGCAGUGUGGACCAGAGUGCUGCUGGAGAACGCUCGCAUCUCUUCAAAGUUUUUGUGCACGUUGUCGCAGUGGUGCACACAGACCCAUUCCCUGAUCCUCCAGAAUCUCAAACCCAGACAGAGGGGCAAAAAGGAAACAAAGGAGGAAUAUCUGAAGAGCACACGUGGUUGUCUUGAGGAGGGUCUGGAGGCCUUGCUGAAAGCUACUGGCAGUAAUCUACUCAUCCUGAAGGUGUCUCAUUGUCCCAAUCUAUUGACUGAUCGCUCGCUGUGGUUGGCCAGCUGUUAUUGCCGAGCGCUACAGGCCGUCACAUACAGGAGCGCCACAGACCCCGUUGGACAGGAGGUUAUCUGGGCAUUGGGAGCUGGUUGCAGAGACAUCAUUUCACUACAAGUGGCACCAUUACAUCCAUGCCAGCAGCCAGCACGCUUCAGUAACAGGUGCCUGCAGACGAUUGGCAGAUGCUGGCCACACCUACGAGCUCUGGGUGUGGGCGGGGCAGGCUGUGGCAUACAGGGACUGGCUUCUUUGGCGAGGAACUGCAUGAGACUGCAGGUAUUAGAGUUGGACCACGUCAGUGAGAUAAACCAGGAAGUGGCUGCUGAGAUGUGUCGUGAGGGACUGAAAGGUCUGGAGAUGCUGGUGCUCACAUCCACUCCUGUUACUCCUAAAGCCCUGCUGCACUUUAACAGUGUGUGUCGUAACCUAAAGUCCAUUGUAGUGCAGAUUGGUAUAGAAGACUACUUUGAAGACCCCAACAGUCCUGAGGCCAGAAAACUGUUUGAUGAAAUGGUGAAUAAGCUCCAGGCGCUGAAGAAGAGGCCUGGUUUCUCCAAAAUCCUUCACGUAAAGGCUGAUGGCUUGUGCUAACUCUGCUGGGUCGAGGUCAGAGCCACCUGAAGGUUCACUGUUUAUUUCAAACCGAUCGAGUCAUCGUGUCCUCCGUGAAACGAGGAAGAAUCAACACGUCCUCUUCAGUUUGAACACCAACCACCAGUCAAUCAUAUCGAGAUGGGGGAACAUCUGUUUGAUUAGAUAUGAGGCAAUCAAAUACAGGAGUGUGUAGACUGUACCUAACCAAACUUUGAGAAAAGCAGUCAGACAGUGUUCUCCUUCUUGCCAAACAAACGAAACUUCAAGAAGAUCUCUGACUAUGUCUUCUCUCCCUUCAGAGCACAGAGCUGCAGGUGGGGGAUGCCUUGUUUUGCAACCUGCAACGUAAAAUCAACGUUAAAUCCAAACAGCACAAAUUUAAAAUGCACAUAUAUGUUGGGGUAAGUUAUACAGCUGUGUGUUUGUAAAUGUGGGAGUGGUUUUGUGAUAAACGCGAUUGCUUCCCCAAGACCUACAAAAAGACAGAUAAAGUUAUUAGUGUUCACUUUGAACUGAACGCAUCGGUCAACCAUAUUACCAGGACAAUUUCAACAUAAUCACCAGCUUCGGACAUGGCUUACCGAUAUCCUUGUCUCCAUAGAAACUACUGUUACAUACAGCUAUCACGUGUCCAUAGCAGGAGUACAAAUAUGACUGAAGAAGCCAGUAACCAUGAAAACUUCGUCCACCUGCAAGAUGUUCAUUCAUCAGCUCAUCUGCACCAUGUGUGUCACCAUUCAGUCCUAUUGCCAAGACCAGAGUUACUCGAGGGGUUUUUGCUUUCAUUUUUUUGAUCUGUUGUGCUUCAACAGGAUCAUAGAAAGCCCUAAUGUGCCAUCUAUAGGUGUAGUGAGUUCUUGCUUUAUUUUUAAGUGAAUCAAUUUAUUUAAACCCAAUGUGCCAUUAGUGAACUUUAUCAUUGGAACCUAAAAGUUUUUUAGGUCAUGCCAGGUGUGCGCUUAUCUAAAGGAAUAUAAGGGCAAAUUCAUGUAGUGAGGUGCCAUGGUGCUGUUUAUGUUUGUCUCCAUUCAUCAAUAUAUCUCACGUUGUGUGUAACUCAGGCAGGUGCUCCUGAACACCCAUAAUGUGCUCGAUUUAUUUCAGAGGGUGCCAUUUAACUGCUGUAAACAUGGACGACACUGAUUAGAAUCAUGAAUUAUGAAUGUAAAACAUUGCUUAACCGAAUAAUGGUGUUUUUUACACUUGGGCUUUUGGUUCGGCAAGCGGUUGGUUUUGAUUUGAUCGGUUGGUGUAAAAGCAAGUGAGACACGCUUUGAGUCCGCUUGAACAGGUGGUCCAUGGUGAUGUAAGUGUGAACGGCAUAUUGUUUGGAAUUAGUAUGACAGCUUUUCGUCUUAAAUGUUAAAGGUGGAUUCCUAUCGAGGUACAACCUUUGCAUGCUCCUGGUCACAUGUAUUCAUGUCUCUUGCACUUUAUUUUACAGUAUGUGCCCUUACUGUGUGUUUACCUAACAAAACACUGGUGAAUCCAUUUACCUAUUUUGUUAAGAUUAGGGUUAGAUACACACUGUUACAGAUUUAUACACACGGUAGUGUGCACAUGUAACAACUGGACUGUAAAAUAAAGUGCUACCCUAAUUUCUCAUAGCAUGUGUUAGAAUAUUUGCCAUUGGAAAGCAUUCUUCGCAUCUCUUCUGCAGCAGACAACAUAGUGUGCAUGCAAGUUUUGUUGACAAAUCAAAAGCAUCAUUUCCUUAUAAGUGGUUUCUUGGCUAUGGGGGUAAACAGCUACAGCUGGUACUUAUGAUGCAAAUGGACACGAAGAAUGGGGACGGGGGAAUAUUCAAACUCUGGUAUGGACCAUUCAUAUGACAAAGACGUGUACAACUAGACAGGACAAAAAAAUCAUAUUUCAGACUCUGAAAUGAUUUCACUACUGAUAUUUUUGUGUAAGGCUCUGGCUUCAGGGUAGGGUUGCACCAGCCAUUCGUAAGUUCUUUCUUAAACUGAAAUGUAAAGUCCUAAAGUAGCCCACUAGCUAGUGUGUACACUUACCCCUCUAGGACCCACGGGGUCAAAUUUGGCAAAUGUUAAUUGCUGCUAUCUAAAAUCUUCUUGGGUUCUCCAGGGUUAAAUGAUUUGUUGGUUCUACUUAAAAAGUAAUUUACCUGCUUGCCUUAAAAUUUUUAAUUAAUUCAAUUUAGAAAAUAUUAGCUCAAAAAUGUUUUGUAAAAAUUGUUGUGUAACUAAGAUUUUUUAAAUUGAAUUAACUCAGAAUUUUAGGGCAACCAGGUAACUUACUUUUUUAAGUUGAACCAACUUUUUUUAAAGUGAGGUCAAAAGUUUGGAACCACUUGACUGAAAAGUCUCUCAUGAUCUUAAAAAUAUUUAAAUCCAAAGGUGUACUGUGUUUAAAUGAAAUUACUUGAAAUUACUUUAGUAGACAAAAAUAAAUUUAACAUUAGAUUAAAUAAUUAACAUUUUAUUUAAAAAUAUAUAAUUUUCAAAUAGAUGUUAUUUUUAUUUUAUUUUAUUUUAUUUUUAAAGCAGCCAAUAAACUCCUUCGAUAUUAUUCACAUUUCAUCUAAAGGCUUCUUGAAUCCUUAAGAAGCUUUUUGAUAAAAUGCCAGGAGUAAGAUUUAGCAAAUUAUACGAUAAAAUAUAUCAGAGUUUAGAUUUAUUUUGGAUGCUUUUAGUCAUAACACAAUUCCUCACAGUUAUAUUUUUGUUAUGUUAUAGCUUUGAUGAGUUUUUUACCGAGCCCCUAAGGUGACAUUGGAGUAAAAAAAUCUAAAGUUUAGUUUCAUGUGCUCACGUGAAACUUUCAUGUGCUCACGUGAAACUUUCAUGUGCUCACGUGAAACUUUCAUGUGCUCACGUGAAACUUUCAUGUGCUCACGCGAAACCUUCAUGUGCAGAUUUUUUUUUAAAGUUUAGUUUCGCGUGCUCGCUUGAAACUAUCGCGCGCACACGUGAAACUUUCGCGAUAGUUUCAGGUGAGCACGCGAUAGUUUCACGUGCUCGCGCGAUAGCUUCACGUGAGCACGCGAA